AUCACCUCAUCCUUAGCUGCUUUCUCAUUCCCAUGCUUGCUAAGCAAACACCCCUGCUGCCCCUUUGACUGUCUUCCCCCAUCAGAUUGUGCUAAUCUGGGCCUUGGCGGUGCUGGUUAGUUUGUUUUUAGUUUUCUUUUUAACCUGUAUCUGGUUUAGAACAGGACACCAACAACAGUUACAUCGUCAGAAAUAAGGAGAUGAUAAAGAUGGAGCCUAAGGAAGUGUCUGUGUUGAGAAGAGAAAUUCUAACAUCAGGCCACACCUUGAAUCUCUCUGUUGUCCAUUUCAUAGAGUCAGGAUAAUCCUUGCCUAAUUUAUUAUAAACACAAAGUAAACUAAGCAUGUGUGAGUACUGCACAGUUCAUUGUGGACAUGGCAAGAGAGCAGUGAUCUGAUUGUUUGCCUGAUGGUCUCACCGCUGUGUUGCACUGGUUCCCUCCUAGACUGUUAGAAUGGAACUAAAUGGACUUAACUAAGUGUAAAUCCUUUAUGGAAAACAGUGGUGUCUUCAAAGCAAUGUGUGCUCAUCUCUUCAUUAUUGGUAAUAUGCUAGAAUGAUAAAUAAGGAGUACAAACAUCCCUUUGUCAUAGCUCUUAAAUCUAUAUAAUGAGAUUUUGUUUUCUCAGCCUUCAUGAAGUGUGAAAUUUGCAUUUUUGCAGUACACCACUGUUUGCUUACCUGAAGAAUGCUUCUUAACUGACUGAAGCUGUUGCUGAGAAUAUGAUGUGAAAGAGGAGAUGAGCUGAAUAUUUUCCUUAUUAAACAGACAAAGCAAACCAAAACCAGAGGCCCAUCGCAAACAAGCCCACACAGUGGUUUCAUUUUUUUUCAAGACAAAACACUUCAAAGAUAGUUCAACAGAAAGUUGAGGACAGCAAAGUCUUUUUCAGAUCACAAGAUUCUUUAUGGUUCAUCACAUGGCUCUUCCUCAUGGACUGCCCCCUUUUUCUGCCUUUGAAAAGAAACUUUCAGAAAAGGAAAUGAAUGGAGAUGAAGCACAGUUAACCUGUGAACUCCAAGAUCCAAUUUUAGUGGAUGUGUCAUGUGUAUCCUCAUAUUUACAUACAUAAUUUUGUGUGCAUUCAUUACAUACCUAUUUUCCCCCCACAGAUAGUGAAUAUGCCUAAAAAGAAGACUGGUGCUCGUAAGAAAGCUGAGAACCGUCGAGAACGUGAAAAGCAGAUAAGGGCUUCGAGAGCCAACAUAGAUUUGGCCAAACAUCCUUGUAAUGCUUCAAUGGAAUGUGAUAAGUGCCAAAGACGACAGAAGAACAGAGCUUUUUGCUACUUCUGUAACUCUGUUCAGAAAUUACCCAUUUGUGCACAAUGUGGAAAAACCAAAUGCAUGAUGAAGUCUUCAGACUGUGUUAUAAAACAUGCUGGUGUGUAUGGUACUGGACUAGCAAUGGUGGGUGCAAUCUGUGAUUUCUGUGAAGCUUGGGUGUGUCACGGGAGGAAGUGCCUCAGCACACACGCGUGUAUCUGCCCUCUCGCAGAUGCAGAGUGUAUUGAGUGUGAAAGAAGUGUCUGGGACCAUGGAGGCAGAAUAUUCGCCUGCUCUUUUUGCCAUGAUUUCCUCUGUGAAGAUGAUCAGUUUGAACAUCAAGCCAGCUGCCAAGUUCUGGAAGCAGAGACAUUUAAAUGUGUGUCCUGUAACAGGCUUGGGCAGCAUUCGUGCCUGCGUUGUAAGGCUUGUUUUUGUGACGACCAUGUGCGAAGUAAGGUCUUCAAGCAGGAAAAAGGAAAAGAGCCUCCUUGCCCUAAAUGUGGCCAUGAAACUCAGCAGACAAAGGAUCUGAGCAUGUCAACGCGCUCCCUGAAGUUUGGCCGACAGACUGGAGGAGAAGAUGCAGAUGGAGCUUCUGGUUAUGAUGCCUACUGGAAGAACCUCUCCUCCAGCAAGGCUGGAGAGGCAGGUGACCGUGAGGAUGAAUAUGACGAAUACGAAGCAGAAGAUGAUGAUGAAGACAAUGACGAGGGAGUGAAGGAUUCGGAUUCUGAGACCACAGAUGUCUUCAGCAAUUUGAAUUUAGGAAGGACCUAUGCUAGUGGGUAUGCACAUUACGAGGAAUCAGAAGAUUAAGCCUAGUAUGGUGGGAAGCUAAAAACACUUGGAAGGAGCCAAGCAAUGCUUCACUGAGUUGUGUAUGCACCAGUAGGAUAGCUCUAUCAGGUACUUACAUGUCAAAGUUAGAGAAUUAAGAGUGUGGGACUUCUGCUGUAACUCCAAGGGGGACUUUUCUUUUAUAUGAACCAACGGUUUUGGGACUGGGGGAGAAAAUCAGAGUAUUUUUGUUCCCCUAAGCAGCAGAAGGUCAUGUCCUUGAGUUACUGAGUAUAAUGGUUCAAUGCCAUUUUCUCAUAUCAACACAGGAAUGUGGGAGAGCUGUAGAACUUGCUUCCAUUUGCUCAUCAGAGAUUAAGUUAUUUUUACAAUCAUUUUGUUAACUGAUUUCAUACAUUAAUGCAGUGUUGGGUUGGUGACUGCAUUUUUUUCUGGUCUGCACAAUAAAAGUCAACUGCAUUCUCUAA